ACACACACACACACACACAGACGAGUGUCUGAGAAGUGCCCACAUUGUCUCCAUGGCUAGACUGGCUAGUCCUCCUUCAGUCUUUUUCACCAUUUUUGCUGUUGCCAUGGUGUUCAUUGGAACAGUUGCUCCACAAGCUGAAGGCGCCAGAGCUUUCUAUGUGUUCGGCGACUCACUGGUGGAUAACGGCAACAACAACUAUUUAUUCACCUCCGCACGAGCCGACUCUCCGCCUUACGGCAUCGAUUAUCCGAGUCACCGACCCACCGGCCGAUUCUCCAAUGGCUACAACAUCCCUGACCUUAUCAGCCAACAGAUUGGCGCUGAGUCCACAUUGGCAUACUUGAACCCUCAGCUCACCGGACAAAAACUACUUGUCGGUGCAAACUUUGCUUCCGCUGGAAUAGGAAUCCUGAAUGACACCGGGAUUCAAUUUGCAAACAUCAUAAGAAUCUACAGGCAAUUGGAGUUGUUCCAAGAGUACCAAAGACGCGUGAGUGCGCUUAUUGGAAUAGAGCAGACAAAGCGGCUGGUGAACAAAGGGCUGGUCCUGAUCACACUUGGUGGCAACGACUACGUCAACAACUACUUCUUGACGCCAAUAACGGCAAGAAGACUUCAGUAUUCUCUCCCUGAGUUUACACGUCUUCUCAUCACUGAGUAUCGGAAGAUUUUAAUGAGGCUGUAUGAUUUGGGAGCCCGGCGGGUCCUGGUGACUGGAACCGGACCAUUGGGUUGUGUUCCGGCAGAGCUAGCCGUAAGAAGCACAAAUGGGCAAUGUGCAGAGGAGCCCCAGCAAGCUGCAGCACUAUUCAACCCACGCCUCGUCCAGAUGAUUCAGAGUCUUAAUCAAGAGCUGGGUUCAGAUGUUUUCGUCGCUGUUAAUGCAGUGGAAAUGCAGAAUAACUUCAUUGACAAUCCACAAGCAUUUGGUUUUGUUACAUCAAAGGUAGCAUGCUGUGGACAAGGACCUUACAACGGGGUAGGAACUUGCACUGCUGUAUCCAAUCUUUGCCCGAACAGAGACAUAUACGCCUUUUGGGACCCCUUCCAUCCUACAGAACGGGCAAAUAAGAUUAUUGUCCAAACGAUCAUGACAGGGUCCGACAAAUAUAUGUAUCCAAUGAACCUAAGCACCAUCAUGGCCAUGGACUCCCAGACCUAG